UUUAAGGCGCCCCCGCCGCCAGGCGCCGUCCAGCAGGCAGGGCUCCCACGGGCGCCGCUCCGGCCGACGCGCGUCCCUACUGCCACCUGGGCCGCCGGCAGGCAGGCGGUGAGUUGGGCUGGGGCGCCACCUGCCAGCUGACGAGCGGGCAGGGACAGGUUGCCACGUGCCAGGGGCUGAGGGUGGCUGCUGGGGGACCCACCGCGGCCGCGCUCACCCAGCCUGCUGGGCCAGCCUCUGCGCUAAGCCAGGCUCCUGCCUCCUUCGGUCGCAUCCUUAGAACCCUUGUUAGUAGGAAUAGUAUCAUUUCCAUUUUACAGGAGAGGAGUGCUCAGAGGUCGUCACUUAUCCAAGGUCCCAGUUUGUAGAAGAGUCAGGAUUUGAACCCAGGCCUGGUUCCAGAGCCUGGCUCUAAACAGCUUUGCUGCUGGGGAGAAGCACCACCCCUGCCCCUUUCCCCUACCUUCCUCCCCCCACUCUCCCCGUGGUGUUCUGGGAACUUUGUGGCCUGUGCCUCCACCCUGCCAUGACAAUUCCUUUCAAGAGUCUAGAAUUUGGCAGCGACAACUUUGGCAGGGGGAGGGGAUGGAGAAAGGGGACAGGAUCAAGUGUCGGUACUUGAGCGGCAGGUGGUCAGUAUCGCUGACAGGUGGAGCUAAUGCAGGAUGCUGCCUUGAGUGUCUAGCAUGCCUUCACCCACCCCACCAUAAACUCAGAGGUUAGAGUGAGGCCAGCUGGGUGAGAGCUGGUGGGGUGGGGAGUGGGGACCUGAGGCUUUCGGCCCCCUGAGAAGCUGAAGAUAUCACCACCACCACCCACUCCCCCACUGGCUGGGGGGGGGACAGCCUGUCCUGGGCAAAAGGGAGGAGGGGCAAGGCACAGCUUUGUGACCUUGGAUAAGUUCCUCAAAUUCUCUAUUCCCUUAGGCUCAGGAGCCUCACCUUGAUCCAGACCUCCUUCGGCUGUGGUCACCCUGGGACUGCAGCUGGGAACAAGAGGGACACAGAUGUGACUAGACAGGGACCCUAGCUGUACCCUUGCCAGAGCUUAGCAGUCAUCAUCCAAAGAUCUGGACGGAGGCCCAGGAGCCAUGGGCGACUGGGGCUUCCUUGAGAAGCUGCUGGACCAGGUCCAGGAGCACUCGACCGUGGUGGGCAAGAUCUGGCUGACGGUCCUUUUCAUCUUCCGCAUCCUCAUCCUGGGCCUGGCUGGCGAGUCAGUGUGGGGCGACGAGCAGUCGGAUUUCGAGUGUAACACGGCCCAGCCAGGCUGCACCAACGUCUGCUACGACCAGGCCUUCCCCAUCUCCCACAUCCGCUACUGGGUGCUGCAGUUCCUCUUCGUCAGCACGCCCACCCUGGUCUACCUGGGCCAUGUCAUUUACCUGUCUCGGCGCGAGGAGCGGCUGCGGCAGAAAGAAGGGGAGCUGCGGGCACUGCCGGCCAAGGACCCACGCGUGGAGCGGGCACUGGCAGCCAUAGAGCGACAGAUGGCCAAGAUCUCGGUGGCGGAGGACGGUCACCUGCGGAUCCGUGGGGCGCUGAUGGGCACCUAUGUGGCCAGCGUGCUCUGCAAGAGUGUGCUGGAGGCAGGCUUCCUGUACGGCCAGUGGCGUCUCUAUGGCUGGACCAUGGAGCCUGUGUUCGUGUGCCAGCGCUCACCCUGCCCCUACCUCGUAGACUGCUUUGUCUCACGCCCCACGGAGAAGACUAUCUUCAUCAUCUUCAUGCUGGUGGUUGGACUCAUCUCCCUGGUGCUCAACCUGCUGGAGCUGGCGUACCUGCUGUGCCGCUGCCUCAACCGGGGGAUGAGGGCCCGGCAGAGCCAGGACACGCCCCCAGCCCAGGGCACCUCCUCGGAGCCUUAUGCUGACCAGGUCUUCUUCUACCUCCCCAUGGGUGAGGGGCCCUCAUCCCCGCCAUGCCCCACGUACAAUGGGCUCUCGUCCAGUGAGCAGAACUGGGCCAACCUGACUACGGAGGAGAGGCUGGCUUCUUCCAGACCCCCCCUCUUCCUGGACCCGCCCCCCCAGAGUGGCCGGAAAUCCCCCAGUCGCCCCAGCAGCUCUGCUUCCAAGAAACAGUAUGUAUAAGAGCCCGGGAAGUCUUGCUGCCUUUAGUGCAAGACUCUGCAGAGAUGACUGGGGCUGGGGAAGCAGGUGCUUGCUGGCCAGAAGGCCUCACUGCAUGCUGUUCUUGAACACCUGGGGCCUUCCUGGUGACCAGAGGGCACCAUAGUUUCCCCUCCAGAAUGUGGCUUUGUCCCAGGCACAGACAGAGGCAGCUUGGGGUGCUCUUGGCCAAGGGUGUUUGGGCCCUGUGGUCUUUUUCACCGUGUUCAAAGGGACUCGGAGACAACUUCCUCCACCCCCACCCCCUGGAAGAUUCACCUCUGCCCAGGUUGUCCACACACCCUGUCCUCACAGAAAAAGGCUGGUCGAGGCUGCUGGGUCAGCCUUGAUCCCACACACAGACAGAGCCUGUGCUGGAUCUGGCCCUGUCAAGGGGACUGGGGUCUUGUUCUCAUCACUCCUUCCUAGUUCUGCUGUUUAUCCUUCUAAAAUAAACAGGACUUGACCACAAG